AUGCUUGAGAGCGACAAGUAUGUGCUACCCGGGGACGAUCAUGAGAUCCUUCAGAGCACCGACUUGCAGGUCGUUCAAGCCCGCAUUCAGGAAAUUAUAAGGGUGCUGAAUAAUUUCAGAGAGAUGAGGGAAGGAAACAGAUCCCGUAACGAUUAUAUCUCCCAGUUGCUCAAGGAUCUUUGCCUCUACUACGGAUAUAACGAAUAUCUGAUGGAGAAAUUGUUCUAUAUCUUUCCUGUUUCGGAGGCGAUCGAAUUCUUUGAGGCUAACGAGGUGCCCAGGCCUGUCACUAUCCGCACCAACACUUUGAAGACUCGUCGUCGCGAGCUCGCUCAGUCUCUGAUUAAUCGCGGAGUGAACCUCGACCCUAUCGGCAAGUGGAGCAAAGUCGGCCUUCAAGUCUUUGACUCUCCCGUACCCAUCGGAGCGACUCCUGAGUACUUGGCAGGACACUACAUGCUGCAGGCGGCAUCUUCAUUUUUACCCGUUAUGGCGCUUGCUCCUCAGGAACAUGAGCGGAUUCUGGAUAUGGCCUCUGCACCAGGAGGAAAGAGUACCUACAUUGCUGCACUGCUCAAGAAUACAGGAAUGGUGUUUGCAAACGAUGCAAAUAAGGACCGUACGAAGUCUUUGGUGGCUAACAUUCACCGUCUGGGAGUCAAGAACGCUGUUGUCUGCAAUUACGAUGGUCGCGAAUUCCCUGGUGUGAUUGGAGGGUUCGACCGUGUGUUACUCGAUGCCCCUUGCUCAGGAACAGGAGUCAUCUCAAAGGAUGCGUCCGUUAAGACCAACAAAUCAGAACAGGAUUUCCAGAUGCUUUCACAACUUCAAAAGCAGCUGGUGCUGAGCGCUAUCGACUCCGUUGAUGCAGGAAGCAAAACUGGCGGAUACAUUGUGUACUCGACUUGUUCGGUUACCGUUGAUGAGAAUGAGGAUGUGGUCAACUACGCCCUCCGAAAGCGUCCCAAUGUGAAGCUGGUGUCGACUGGACUGGACUUCGGCAAGGAAGGAUUUACGCGUUACAGGGAGAAGGCCUUUCAUCCCUCCCUCAGCUUGACCAGGCGCUAUUACCCACACAUGCACAACAUGGAUGGUUUUUACGUCGCAAAGUUCAAGAAGAUAAGCAACAAGAUUCCCAAGAAGAACGAGGACAAUGCCGACCCAGAUGAAGAGGAGGAGUUCACGCCUAUCACCGAAGACUCUGGAAAGCGCUCGCGUGGUGGAAAGAAGAAGGAUGAGUCGAAGUCGACGACUGAGGAGCCCGUGAAGAUCACAUUCAACGCCCAGGAAGAUGAAGAGCUCAUUAGAGGUAAAAACAAGGAAGACGUCGCCUAA